GCCUUCACUGGUCUCCGUCCAGAGCAACGGGGUCUAUUGGUCCAUUAUAUACUGUCUAUGGGUUGAACCCAUUGUCACACAGGACAAGACGUAACAGAAGAAGACGAUCAUGACAAGCGAAUACGAGUCUUACAAUGUACUCAUUCAACAGAUGAGUGAUGUGCAUCUCCAGGAGUUGGCCAGUCGGCUCUUUUCCAUGGAACCAGGACUAAUUUUUGAUGCCCUGAUGAUGAACCAGGUUGCUGCCCCACCGUCCUCUGUUUUAACCUGGUGUAUGUGUGGGAACUGUAGGGAGAUGCCAACAGACAGGGAAAGAAAAUGCUGUGGCCAAGGGCCCAACCACUGCAUUAGCCUGCUGCCACACUUCACCCUGUAUUGUCUUGAAGAUGGUUAUUUGCGGAUUCACAGACAGUACAGGAAUGAUGUGUUGGUGAUUGGCGAAGCAAGGGAGCCUGGAGAUGAAAACAGAGAGUUCCGAUAUGCUGCCUAUCGGCAGUACAUUUUCUGGCAACAUGGGGCAUUGGGUCAGGAAAACCGGCGUGUAAUCCCUAGCUGUUGUGUCUGGCGGAUCAGGGACAAGUACCCAGAUCCUCACGGCCAUUAUGUUGGUUUUAUCCCUCGCCUCUAAAAAAACAAAACAACCUCUCCUUCUGUUGGCAUUCCCAUGUAUUUCACUUCCACAUUUGAAUAACACCUCACUCAGCUACCUCAAUUUCUUUUAAUUGUUAUACAAAAAUUUCAUAUUAUUAUUAUUA